GAGCCCGUGAGCGGAGACGAGGCUCGUUUAGUAUUCCGUGCACAAGGCAAAGGAGGGAGAAGGAAGGGAGGGCAGAGAGUGAAAUAGAGAGAAAAAACGAGCCUGUGAAGACAAGCGAAAACACCGAAAGAGAGGAGGAAGAGGGGAGCGGAGAUACACCUCCUCUGUCCCUCUCGGUCUACCCUUUGGUAUUCUUCUGUCCCAGGCAGUUUCAGAGCUCCUGUAGAACAUUCCAGAAAUACAGCCAUGGACCACAAUGAGCCGUAAAGCUUGAAUGGAAUAACAAAGAGAGAAACUUAGUGAACAUAGGCCAUACAUUUCAAAUUCAAGCCUGCCCUGAUGCUGCUUUAAGGACUGGGCCUGCAAACACUUCCCUCCUCCCUGACUGAUGAUUUAACUGAGAGUAAUAGUCUGCAAAAUCUUGACUAUGCUUUCUGAACAACAGACCUUAAUAUUGUCUUGCAGUUUAUCCAUUGAGCAAAUUCUUAAUAUCUAUGUGAAUUGAAUUGGUUUUGACCUUCUUCACCGUGGCAAGGACUCAGGGAUGUUGUUGUCAUCCUCUACAACAAGAGCCUAUGUUAUUAUUAACCGCUAAAGUUUUCAAUUAACGGUCCUAAAGAGACCAUCUCGGCUCCUUGUCGAAACUUUGUCCUUCAGCUCUUUUAUUAUCGGAAUCGGCAGAAAGUGGCCAGACAAACCCUCUCCGCUCAGGCGCCGUCCAGCUGGUGUGGGCGGUAAGAGCUGCGCCACGAUUGGUUGAGUGCAGGGUGAGUGUGCGAUGCGGAUUGGAGGAUGUCGGGGGACUGGGAAGACGACCUUUGUAAGAAGGCGUUGGUGCUGGUGGAGGAACUGUGCUUCCGGUCUGGAGGCUUGAGCCAGAGUGCCAGCUGUCAAGAAUUCAGCUACAUGAUGAGAGGACCUAAUGGACAGCUGAACACAGAGAUCUCAGUGAGUCUGCUCUCCGUCAUUGUAACGUUCUGUGGCAUCGUGCUGCUGUCUGUCUCUCUCUUCGUCUCAUGGAAGCUCUGCUGGUUGCCGUGGAGAGAUAAGGAAGGCGGGGGUCUGAGCUUGACAUCUGGGCUCCUGCCCGGCGGUGCGGGUUUGGGUGGGGUUGGAGGUGGAGGGGGUGCCUCUCUCCUUCCUCCCUUGUUGCAGAGGAAAGAUACUCACUCCUCUACCUCGCUGUAUCCCUCGCUCUCACAGCAUGGGCAGCAUCACCCCCAUUUCUCCGACCUAAUGGGGGUGGAGGGCGGAGGGGGGCUGGUCAUGGGGGGUGUGGUUGGAGGUCCACAGGAGAUGCAGGAGCAUUCUUACCUAGACAUGGACUCUUAUCCUAACAAUGCUGCAAACCUUAAGUUGAGCCAGACAUCUCCCGAGUUGCCCCCUGCAACAGAAGGAGGCACAGCUGCGAAAGAUCUGCCCAAUGCCCACACCCAGCAGCAGGUCACCACCAGGCCCAAGCCCAUGACUCACCAGUUAUCCAGCCCUGAUUUCCAUGGUGAGGAGAAGAGUGAGCAGCUGACCAGCAUCGGGCAGAUCAAACCAGAACUUUACCGGCUGCGCCAGGGAGACCAGGGGGAUGGCAAGCAAGGCGACACCUGCGGCAAAAUCAGCUUCCUCCUGCGCUAUGCCUUCAACACGGAGCAGCUGGUGGUUAAGAUACUGAAAGCCCUGGACCUCCCGGCGAAGGAUGCCAAUGGUUUCUCGGAUCCUUAUGUCAAGAUCUACUUACUGCCUGAUAGGAAGAAGAAAUUUCAGACCAAGGUGCACAGAAAAACUCUCAACCCGGUUUUUAAUGAGACGUUCCAGUUCGGCGUGCCACUGGGGGAGCUACACUCGCGCAAACUCCACUUCUCCGUCUACGACUUUGAUCGUUUCUCCAGACAUGACCUCAUAGGUCAAGUGGUGGUGGAUAACCUGCUGGACUUCAGCGAGGGCACCGGGGAGAAGCCAGUUUGGAGAGACAUCAUAGAAGGAACCACGGAGAAAGCUGACCUGGGCGAGCUGAACUUCUCACUGUGUUACCUGCCAACAGCUGGCAGACUGACCGUCACCAUCAUUAAGGCCACCAAUCUGAAAGCCAUGGACCUCACGGGCUUCUCAGAUCCAUAUGUAAAGGCAUCUCUGGUUUGUGAAGGUCGAAGGCUGAAAAAGAGGAAGACGUCCAUAAAGAAGAAUACUCUCAAUCCUACGUAUAAUGAGGCUCUGGUCUUUGAUAUCCCCAACGAGAACAUUGACAAUGUGUCGCUCAUCAUCGCCGUCAUGGACUAUGACUGUAUUGGUCAUAAUGAGGUGAUCGGGAUGUGCCGUGUGGGCAGUGAUGCUGAUGGACCGGGAAGGGAGCACUGGACAGCCAUGCUGGCAAAUCCCCGCAAGCCUAUUGAACACUGGCACCAGCUGGUGGAGGAAAAAUCCAUAAAUGCAUAUGUGUCAAAGAGUGCCACAGCCUCCCCUAAGCCACACAUAGUGGUGGACAGCCCUCACUCUGAGUAGAGAUGUCAGCAUUAUCUUUUUAGCACCAGAAAUACAUUAUUUCUUUUCAUUUGUGAAUAAUAUUUUAUCAAGAAAGAACCAGAGAAGAGACUGUGCCUGUGUUAGUGCUUUUCCUCUAAAUCAACCCUGCAGACACAAUAUAUAGAAAAAUGACUAGACUAGACCAGACACACACACACACACACACACACACACACACAAACAGACAUGCACAUUGAAUAGUAACAGAAUAUCUGGCAUGGAUGGUUUUGCUUCAGGAAUGAUGUUAAAGUCAAAAUAUGUCAUGAUUUAUUCAGGGGAUAUAUGUAAAAAACAUUCCCACUUUAAAUAGAUAAUCUUUAUUUAGUUAUUUGAAACUGAGCCUACAAAAAAAUGAGAUUUUAAUUACUAAAAAAAAUACAAAUAAACGAAAUAAUCAGGAGAGACCUGAUAGAUUAUGGACCACGAAUGUUUGUGUAUGUGUGAGCGCAUGUGUGUACGUGAGUUUGUACGGGUGUCUGUGUGUAGCUAUAGAAAAUCUCUACAAGGUGUUUUCAGUCUGACAAGUAGCUGCAAGUUCUUGGAGUGGUCUUCUCUGCCAAUGCAGAAUCCUUGCAACUGUUUCCUGUUUCUCUGGAGAGGAGGACUACUUUAUGACCUUUCCCAUCUGGAGAAGGAGAAAUAAGGAUGGAUACAUUAGCCAAAUUGUGUUGUGCAGUAUUGAAAUGUGUCCCUCUGCCUUUUACAUUUUUAUCACCUUCUGCUUGGAGCUCAAUGAGAUCAGCAGUGUUUCUUUUUUUUCAUUUGUUUACUAGAGUCCAACCAUUCUUCUUGUUCUACCAGAUACUGAAUGAAACGAUUGGAGAGUAUGUUUCCCUGACAUGGACACACUGGCAGACUGAAUCCCAUUGAGAACUCUUCCAAAGGGAGCUAUCCUUGAUUUCAAACAUUGCCAGAGGACCCUAACUGAGAAGGACAUUGGAUUUGUUUGCAUUUGCUGGAGACAUAUCCUACGGGGAAAAGAUCUGGCCAUAGUAUUUUAUUUUUAUACCAUGCCAAGAUUUUUUUUUUCUCUUAAGACAUUUUUAAUUUCAAAAGAGGAAGUGUGUGCUCUCCAUCAUCCUUCUGCCAAGAGGACCGCUUUGGAAAGACACACGUUCAUCCUCUUUUUCCUUCCGGGAAUCCUAUGUGUUUGUAGGAGUGCUCUUUUGUGUCUUUUUUGCUUGUUGGUUUGUGUGUCUGCGUGUAUGCCUGUGUGUCAGUAUCUGUCACCGUGACCCUGUGUAUGUCUCCACUUCCCGUCCUUUGUCCUGCACAGAGAAAAUCUCAUUUUGAACAAUCAAGUGUCUUCUGUCCUGUGUCAUAGAGGAACUAUUUCUUGUGUAGGACCUGUUGCACUUGGUAGGGACAGGGUCUAUUUCUCAGAUGCGCGUUUCAGUUGUUCUCUGUCGAAUGUGAUAGUGACCUGUCUCUGUUGUGUCCCUAGCCAGCUCGUCACUGAAACGUGUCCCUAGCUUGAUCUGUGUUCUCGUGUUGGGUGUGUUUUUCUUUUUCUGUAAAUGUGCUCUGUGUGUACGAGGGGACAAACCUGGUGGCCACAGCUUUUGAGGAAUAAAAUGUUUUAAGUUUUUCCA